AUGUCGGCAGCCGUGGCGUGUCUGGACUACUUCGCCGCCGAGUGCCUGGUGUCCAUGUCCGCGGGUGCCGUGGUUCACCGCCGCCCGCCGGACCCCGAGGGCGCCGGCGGAGCCGCAAGCUCAGAGGUGGGUGCGGCGCCACCGGAGUCCGCUCUGCCGGGUCCGGGGCCACCGGGGCCCGCGUCUGUCCCCCUGCUCCCCGCCCCUAGCCCCGGCGCGUGCAGCGCGGCGCCCCACCUGCUGGCUGCAAGCGUCUUGGCUGAUUUGCGCGGCGGCUCUGGGGAGGGCUUCGGGGAGAACUCGGGGGAAGCUCUGCGAGCCUCGUCCGGCUCCUCUGACCCGACCCGGUGCUCCAGCCCGACCCCGCGCUCUGAGUCGUCUCCAGCCUCCAGCGCAGCUGCGGUCUCCGGACCCGCGAGCUCCCCCGAUGCACCCUCGGUCCUGGGCGAGCCCGCAGCCUCUGGGGGGGGUUCGGGAGGGGCCCCAGGGCCUGGCCCCGCCCCCGCCGCGGGUCAGGUGCUCCGGAGGAGGCCUGUCACACCUGCUGCCAAGCGACAUCAAUGCCUCUUCCCGGGAUGCAACAAAGCUUAUUACAAGUCAUCGCACCUCAAGUCCCACCAGCGUACCCACACGGGGGAGCGCCCUUUCUCCUGCGACUGGCUCGACUGCGACAAGAAGUUUACGCGUUCCGACGAGCUGGCCCGCCACUACAGGACGCACACAGGCGAGAAGCGCUUCUCCUGCCCCCUCUGCCCCAAGCAGUUCUCCAGGAGCGACCACCUGACCAAACACGCUCGCCGCCACCCAACCUAUCAUCCCGACAUGAUUGAGUACCGGGGGCGACGUCGCACUCCACGUGCCGACCCUCAAGCCUCAAGUGUGGUGGAAAGGUCCGACUCCAGCCCCAGCCAGGCGCCCAGCCGCAGCACAUGCCUGUAGGACAGUCAACUGCUUUCAGUACCCUAAAGGACGGUCCCCCAGGCUAUUUUCCCUGCUUUCUCUCUGCGCAUCCCUCUUUUCCAGAGUCAUUAGAUCAAGGCACAGACUGGUUCCUCGCUCGGAUGGUGGGUCCAGGCAGGCAUGUUGGACUCUGGGGAGGGACUGGGGGCCAGAAACUAGCAGAAAUUCUUGCGACACGCUUACCAUCCUAAAAGGGAGGAUUGCCUCAAGACAGCCCCAGGAACUGGUGAGAAUGGAUGAACUCUGGUACUCUUCAUAGUACUGAAGAUCGUCCCCCUCCCUGGGACCAGGGAUGUGAAACUGGAAUUCUCAGAUGCCUGAGGAGCUCCCAGUCUCAAAGUACUCUGGUGUCUCACCCACCCACCAGGGCGGACCUUGGACAGGGUGUCAAGGGUGGCAGUCUUGGAAAUGUCCAGGACUGGGAUUGAUGAGAGGCCUUUGGAAACAGAAAUUAUUUCUAUUUCUGUAAACA